CCCCGCCGCGGCGCUGCCAUGGAAACGGGCCGCGACGGCGGCCGCCGAGGGACACAAAGGGUGCCGGAGCGGCGCUGGAGGCGCGAGCGGGCCCCGCCGCCGCUGAGGAGGGCCUCCUCCGCCGCCAUGGAGGCCGCGGCGGGCCAGGCGGCCGCCCCUCCGCCGCCGCCCCGCUACCGGCUGCUGACGGAGAUCGGGCGCGGGGCCUACGGCGUGGUGUACGAGGCGGUGUCCGGCCGCAGCGGGGCCCGCCUGGCCGUCAAGCGCAUCCGCUGCGACGCGCCCGAGAACGUGGAGCUGGCGCUGGCCGAGUUCUGGGCCCUGACCAGCCUCCGCCGCCGCCACCCCAACGUGGUGCGCUUCGAGGAGUGCGUCCUGCAGCGCGACGGCCUCGGGCAGCGCAUGAGCCACGGCAACAAGCAGAGCGCCCUCUACCUCCGCCUCGUCGAGACCUCCCUCAAGGGCGAGAGGAUCCUGGGCUACGCUGAAGAACCCUGCUAUCUCUGGUUCGUCAUGGAGUACUGUGAAGGCGGAGACCUGAACCAGUACAUCCUCUCCCGCAGACCGGACCCGGCCACCAACAGGAGUUUCAUGCUCCAGCUGACGAGCGCCAUUGCCUUCCUUCACAAGAACCACAUUGUGCACAGGGACCUGAAGCCGGACAACAUCCUGAUCACCGAGAAAUCCGGCGCGCCUGUCCUCAAGGUGGCCGACUUUGGACUCAGCAAGGUGUGCGCCGGCUUGACCGCCCGAGGCGAGGGGGGGAACGACAACAAAGAUGUGAAUGUGAACAAGUACUGGCUGUCGUCCGCUUGCGGCUCGGACUUCUACAUGGCUCCGGAGGUCUGGGAGGGGCACUACACUGCCAAGGCCGACAUCUUUGCGCUGGGCAUCAUCAUCUGGGCAAUGAUUGAGAGGAUAACGUUUAUUGACGCAGAGACCAAGAAGGAGCUGCUGGGGACUUACAUCAAGCAGGGAACCGAGAUUGUCCCCGUUGGGGAGGCGCUGCUAGAAAACCCAAAGAUGGAGCUGCACAUCCCCCAGAAACGCAGGACUUCCAUGUCUGAGGGGAUCAAGCAGCUCUUGAAAGACAUGUUGGCUGCUAAUCCGCAGGACCGCCCCGAUGCCUUUGAGCUUGAAUCCAGGAUGGACCAGGUUACUUGUGCUGCUUAAAACUCAGGUUGAAGCGUUGGUGCGCUUUGAAAAUUAGGGAUUUCUUACCAGGGAC